AUGUUUCGCAUCUUUCAGUGCUCAACUUUUUGGUUGGGUUUAAAGCUGGAAUUGCGUAAUAUGCAAUACACUGAAUCCGAUGAGCCGUAUAUCUUGAUAGCAAAUCAUCAAAGUGUUCUAGAUGUGCUAACGAUGUCGUAUAUAUGGCCGGAAAAUUGUGUGAUGUUUCUGAAGAAGAGCCUAAUAUUUUUACCCGGUUUCAACUUCUGCACGUACUUGGCAAACUCAAUUUAUGUGAAUCGUUUCAACAAAAACGAUGCGCAUAAAUCGUUGGAGCAAGUAACCGAUACAAUCCUGCAGAAGAAACGAAAGGUUUGGAUAUACCCAGAGGGAACUCGUGGUUCUGGUGAUGAGCUGUUGCCGUUCAAGAAAGGCGCCUUCAUAGUGGCUUCUCAUGCAAAGGUGCCAAUCGUUCCUGUGGUUGUUACAUCGUACAAAAACUUCUACAAUUUAGACGAAUUCAAAUUCGACUACGGUGGUCACGUUAUCAUUGAAGCGCUACCUCCAAUAGACUCAACAUUAUUCGAAGAUGUCAACGAACUUGCAGAGGAAUGUCGUAAACGGAUGGUAAAAGCUUAUGAUAGAAUCAACAAAGAACUCGGAAAUCUUCCGAAAAAUAUUUCCGAAACGGGAGUCACUCGAUCUUGUACGAACUCCGAGACCAUAAAGAAAUCUAACUGA